AUGGCUACUGGGUCAUCAGUACGUUCUACAUUGGAACAGAUAAGCGGAAAGCAUCUUGAGUGCACUAUCUGCCAAGAAAAACACAAACUGCCCAAAGUACUGGACUGUCAGCACAGCUUCUGCGAGGAGUGUCUGCUGACUUAUCAUAAUGGCAGAUAUAACGCCGAACCAAAUAUCCCUUGUCCACUGUGUCGUCAGGAGACGGUACUUCCUGUGUCUGGCGUAAAAGGCCUCAAGACCAAUUUCCAUUUGGCUGGACUUAUUGAGGAAUUUAAAUUACAGGAAAAGGUAGCAUGCUCAGCUGAAGCAAAGUUGCUCUGUCAGGUGUGUGAUAAGGGGAACGAAGCCAAGGAUCGCUGCUUGGAUUGGAAAGUGAGCAUGACUAAACAACCGGACGAGUAUACAUGCCACAAACACAAGCAGAGCUUGAAACAGUUUUACUGCAAGACAUGCGAUGAGCUGAUCUGCCAGGCAUGUACUGUCAUAGAUCACUCCAAACCAAAUCAUGACAUCAUUGAAACUGGAAAUGCUUCGAGAGAAUACAGAGAGUCAUUGAAGAAUGACUUUUCUGCUUUGGGUAGAAUCAUACAAAGGCUUGGGUUGUCUCUGCAGGACACAAUUGAAGCCAAGAAAGUGGUCAAGGACAAAACGGCAAAGUCUCGAAAGGAAGUUCAGCACAGAGCUGUUGAGGUCAUAGCAAAGGUCAAAGCUGAAGAGAAACGACUCCUCAAUGAGAUCACAACCCAGGAACAAGAGCAAAACAAGCGAUUGGAUGAGCACGAGAAGACACUGAGUACCAUGCUGCAGAGAAAGGAACAUUCUCUGCAGACAAGUCAAGCAGUGACGAGAAACGCAUCAGACUUGGAUUUUCUUUCCCUAUAUCCCGUAAUCAAGAAAGACAUGGACAAACUCAGAGGUCAACCGACUCCCAAGAUGGUAGGGUUGAAGUCGCAUCCCGUGUUCGUCCAGAGUAAAGAUGAGUUUCAAUCAGCCAGAGGCAUUGCUGCUGCUGCUGAACCUGACGAGAUUGCUGUGACUGACUGGAAGAACGAGCGAGUAAUCAUCUGUGACGAACAGGCUGACGUUACGACUGUGCCGGAUGGAUGGAUGGUUGCGAGUCUACGAGUUGUUCAGGUGUACAAACGAGACAGGACACUAGCCUAUAAGUUCAAAACAGCAUCUGAAAGUGAGGUUGGCGAGACAAAAAUUCAAAGUAUAGUAGUCAUGAACAAUGGCAACAUCAUAGCGGGGGAUACCAAGAGGAAGGUUUUGACUGUACAUCAGCCGGGUAAAAAAGGCAAACUCAUACGCACCAUACCAUUGAGGAUCCGACCUGACUUCUUGGCUGUACUGAACAAUGAUUGGAUUGCAAUCAGUGACUGCGAAGAGGGACUAGCGGGCAUAAUGGAUAUUUCCCAUAACAAAGCUACUACAGUCGCCUACGUGCAACCAACCAUAGUCGGUAAACCAGUGAAACACUGCGCGGGUAUAUGCAGCAAUAGCUCGGGUAUCUACAUUGCAGUGGACACAGGGUACGUCAACACCGGUCACAUUCACCAUUAUGACAGCACAUGUCAGUUUGUCAGCUGUGUGGUGCAAGGUCUGUACAACCCCUUAGGAAUCACAUUCAAAGCUGAUGGGCAGCAGCUGGCAGUGGCUGACCAGUACUCGGUAAAGAUAUAUCACAAGGUGUAA